AUGGCGGACUCCUUACUGCUGCUCAAGAGGGUUCCCUCCCGCCACACGUGGCUGCGGGCUCGCAAGGCCCGGCCCCAGCUCAUCCUCAGCCGCCGGCCCCGCCGCCGGCUCCGGAACCUGCGCUGGCGCAGCCGAAGACGGCUUCGGCGACGGCUGCUGCAGGCCCAGGCAGCCGGCGCGGACUGGCUGCAGGGCGGCUGUCUGGUGUCCGGCGCCGCGGCGCUCCAGAGGCUGAAGACCUCGGCCCGCAGGCGGGCCUCCAGCCCCGAGCCGGCCGAAGACCCGGUCCCGAGUGGUCCUGCGAUCCUCCCCAUCCCGCCAGUGCGGCCAGCUGGCUCGGGCCGCGCUGUCCUGUUGCUGCCGCUGGGGCAGGGCUUUACUUUUAGUGGGAUCUGUCGUGUGACCUGCCUCUAUGGCCAGGUGCAGGUGUUUGGUUUUACCAUCAGCCAAGGCCAGCCUGCCCAAAAUGUCUUCUCUACUUAUACCCACUCUCGCCUGACCAUCAAUGCUGUUCAUUAUUCAGUGCAUGAGAAAAGCAAGAAGGAGAUGAAGAGAGAAGCCCGAGUUCUGCUCAGACCUUAUCUGAACCAAGAUGACAGAUAUUGUUUGAUGAGCAGUUUUUCUCCUCUGUGUUCCAUCGUGUUGCUGGAACGUCUGAAAACCUCCACUGUGAACUUCAUAAUCAGCCAUCCAGGUUUAUCUUACAUUUUCGUACAAGAGGUCCGGACUUUCCAGAUUAACUCUGAGUAUUUUGCCUUGAGAUCUGUGGGUAUUAGAAGAGAGAAAAAAAAAACCGGCUUGCGUUUAACGGAGAGCGCCUUUGCAGCUGUGGAAGAGUUAGUGAGCAUUUCUAGCGAAGAAGCAGACAGCUGCCCUGUCAUUCUGGUUUGUGGCUGCCAGGACAUUGGAAAGUCAACAUUUAAUAGAUACCUCAUUAACCAGCUGUUAAAUAGUAUAUCCUGUGUUGAUUAUUUGGAAUGUGAUCUGGGGCAGACAGAAUUUACUCCUCCGGGUUGCAUUUCUUUGCUUAAUAUUACAGAACCAGUUCUAGGACCACCUUUCACCCACCAGAGGACGCCCCAGAAAAUGGUCUAUUAUGGGAAAACUUCUUGUAAAAACAACUUUGAAAACUAUAUUGAGGUAAUAAAGUAUGUUUUCAGCUCCUACAAGCGAGAGUCCCCUCUUAUCAUCAACACCAUGGGCUGGGUGGCAGACCAGGGUCUCUUGCUUCUCAUUGACCUGAUCCGCCUGCUGUCACCCAGCCACGUCGUCCAAUUUAGCUCGGACCGGAGUAAAUACAUGCCGGACCUCACCCCUGACUUCGUGGACGACAUGGACGGGUUGUACACAAGACGCAGGUCCAGAGUCAGAAACAGAGGUUUCCACCUGCCUGAAUUUGCCGAGAGUUUGGAGUUUGCUGACGAAGAAAAAGAAAGUCCAGUUAUGUCUACAGGAUACAAGCUGAUGUUCGUGAAGUCGGAGUUUGUGACUGGAAAAACGUCCAGGAAUAGAGAAUCACAUAAUAGAGUCCUUCGUGAGCUGGCGGUGCUGGGUUACCUGAGCCAGUUGCAGCCCCCAGUGCCAAAGCCACUGCGUGCCUUACACGGUCUGACCCCCUAUCAGGUCCCUUUCAAUGCCGUUGCGCUCCGGAUCAUCCAUGCUGACGUGGCCCCCACCCACAUCCUGUACGCUGUGAACGCCAGCUGGGUUGGGCUCUGCAAGAUCCUGGAUGACGUCAGGGGAUACGCCAGCGGGCCCAUCCUGCUUGCCCAGAGUCCCAUCUGCGAUUGUGUGGGGUUUGGUAUUUGCAGGGGGAUCGACAUGGAGAAGAGGCUUUACCACAUCCUCACUCCCGUGCCCCCAGAGGAGCUGAGACACGUGAACUGUCUGCUGGUUGGAGCCGUGUCCAUCCCACAGUGUGUUCUCAAGAGCCAGGGUGGGCUCGAAGGGACCAUACCUUAUGUCACGACAGAUUAUAAUUUUAAGCUUCCUGGAGCAUCAGAGAAGAUUGGAGCAAGAGAAAGUGGGGCAACGUAUAAAGAGAGGGGACAUCCCAAACCUAAGUUUUAUCGAAAAACAUACUGAUGUUCUUAAUACAGGAAGGACUUUCCUCCCAGAAAGCUUGACCAUCUCCAGCCUGACAUCAGUGGACGAUGGGGUUCUGUGACCAUGAACAGAACAGCGUGCUUACGUAGCAAACUGCAGUGUCUCCUACGUAGCUCAUGGAUGCAUUUAGAGUACGUAUACUCUUUAAUCGACAUGACAGAGGUUUUCCCUAGUCUUCUGUUUCGUUUUCUAAAGGAAUCAAGAAGCAGGGACGAGUUCGUGCACCACUGAAACAGAACAUGGUCGAUUCCUCAUGAAGUUUUAGGGAAAAGCAGGACAUCUGGUGGGAUGGAAAACAUAGAAGGGUACAGAGUUGCCCUGUGGUCCUUGCUUUGGGGGUGCUUCCAGCCCUGCUCACUGGAUGCUCCCCAGCCUCUUCCAUACACAUGGGUUGAGGAUUAUGCUUAUAUUUGGUGUUAAAUUUAUUCAAGGUUUCAUAGAUAAAAGUUUGCCUCAAGAGCCCUUCAAUUUUAAAAAUCGGAUGCUGAAAAAUUUUACCCUGAAAAAAUGCUCUCAAACCCAGGAAGCCUGUCCUGGGGCCUCUUUAAUACUCGGUUUGUCCUGAUUGACUUCUUAUCUGAGAUGGAAAAUGCACAGUGAGCAGAGCCGGAAACCAGGCUGUUUGGACCAAGGCCCAGCGGAGCGGCUCCUGCUAUUGGUUUCGGUGGUGGUGCUGGACUCCCAGGGGCUUCAGAGGAAAUGGUGGGCCCUCCUUCAUCUUCUCCCUGGAGUCAGCAUUCUUUAACCUCCAGGGUUGGAAAUGGUUUGGUAAACAGGCCGGCCAGUUCACAUCACAUCAUGUUUGCGUUUAGGACCCUGAGAUGCCUACAGAAGCAGCAUUUCGUCCUGGUGCUCUGAAUUCCAGCUUCUGAGCAGGACACCUCGAAAGACCACUGUUAGGAUGAGGGUUUUUACUGUUUACGUCCAUUUAAGGUGUUGAUCAUCAUUGUCUUCAGCGUUCUGGGGGCCGAUCCCUCAUCUCGUAGAGCCCUUGUCACCCUCCAGAAUCCGAUUUGAAGUCUAGUUUCUCAGUUGCAUCUUAUUUAUAUCUAAGUUUAACUUGUACAUACAAGUUCUAUCUUGGCCUUGCAGCGACUUUUGCAGUCAAUCCACCAUCAACUUUUUGCCUCCUUCACAAGCUCCUAUAUCUUUACAGUGAUGCUUAGGUCUUUAGCAGUCUUGGGAAGAAUGAAGGUGGUGAUCUGUCAUUCACGUUUUCAUUGAAUCCUGUCUUGCUGGUAGGCUGUUUCCUCCUGGGCUUUAAGGUUGCCGGUCAGUCCCCAUUGGUAAGGAAAACAGUGUUGCCACUAGAGGGAGCUGUCAGCCAUUGGUCAGCGGCCAUGCAGGGCUGGAGAUGGUGGAGGAGCCCCUGGAGGCCUUUCUCAGCAUCUAGAGAUGCUGGAAACGGCCCUGUGGUCAGCUCCUGGGUGUGCCAGUCAGAAUGGCAACCGUGCAAACAUCCUGGGUGUUGGCCCAUUGGAUAAUCAGUGUUGAUGGUUCAGGCUUCUGUCAUUCCCACGGUGUGUGUUGCUUCAGGAUGGCCAGUGAGGGCUCUGUGGUGGAGAUAUGCUUGACAAAAACUCCUGGGACCUCCCUAGUGGUCCAUUAGGAUGCUGUGCUUCCGUGGCAGGGGGCAAGGGUUCAAUCCCUGGUCGAGGAACUAAGAUCCCACAUGCCGAGUGGGAUGUGAAAAACCAAACAACUCUUAGUCAUUUCUGUGUGAUUUUCAAAGCAGUACAUAACUUAUUUUAAGAAAAUCAAAGGAAUAUAUGACUUAGAACAUGGAAACCCUCAGUCACUGAUUUUGUGGUUUGUUAAAAUCAGUUCUUCAGACCUGUUUUUAGGACAGGUAAACAUGAAAAAUUGAAAAAAAUCCUCCAAUUUUAGGGUUGAUUAAAUUUUGUGAAGAAAAGUAGUUCUGUUGUUCCCAUCCAUCCCCAGGUAGGUCUUGGGGACAGGAACCAGUUUGUCCUUGGAGACCCCAGUGCAGAACUAAAGACUGAGAAAGGGGAGAGGAGUAGGUGAGUUAGCCUUGGGAUCAACUGGAGAGGAUAUGGGGGUGGAGAGGACAUGUGGUGAGGCCCCAGCUGAGCCAAGGGGCACCCUCUUGCCGAUACCAGGACCCCUGUGAUGGGCAGGUCCUCACAUUCGUGAACACUCAGGUCUCUGCCCGGAAGAUGGCGUGAGGACCAGGUGACGCGGGAUGGUGGUUUUUAGAUUGACUGCUCAUUCUUUCCCUUAGAUUUGGGUGAGGCCGUGUGGCUGUUACCAUAGCAGGCUGUGAUGGAGAUCCAGGUCCAUGUCCUGACUGGGCCACCAGCUGGCAGUGUAGCUUUGAGGGGUGUUUCGCUUGAGCCUGUGACCUUUGAGACAGGCGGGUGGCGCUACUCUUGGGGUCCCCGCAUGAGGAAGGCAUGACAUGCAUCCACAGCAGGCCUAGCAGUAACUCCUGGCCUGUGGCCUGUCUCUGGCUGGGUUGUAAAUCCUAGCAGACAGGAGGAAGACUGUGUUCCUCAGAGUCACUUUGGGUCGGAGCAGAAACUCAGUGUUCGCGUCUGAAAACAUCUCGCCGCGGCCCCCCAGUCAGUGGCACCGUCCUUCCUGCUAUGGGUCCUGCUCAGGCUCCCACCCGUCACCUGCCCCUGGGAGUUUUUCAUAAGCCCCACUAUUGCUUUUAAAAUCAUGCAGUCAGCUCACCUGUGUAGGAAACAAUCCUGAAGUCACCACCGUGUUACCACUGUUAACGCCGUGACCCUGUCUCACCCAGUAUUUUUCUAAAUUGCACAUGUGCGUUUGUAUGUUUCACAAACCUGUUUGUCCAAUUGUAUGUAUGGUUUCUA